GGGGAACGCCGGGCAAUUCUUGCCGCUGGUUCCCGGUGGCGCAGGGAGCCCGUGUGUCUGCGAGAGUGUGCCGGCGAAGUUCUCCGCGGGGGGUUAGUGCGUGUGUGCGAGCGUGCGCACGUGGGCGCAGGCGUGUGCGCGGGAGUGCCCGUGGGGGUGUGUGUGUGUGUGCGUGUGGUGUGUGUGUGCUGUGCACUCGCGUGCGUCCCGGUCUGUGCCCGGCGGGCGCGGGCGGGAGAGUCCCGCCCCCUCCCCAGCCUCCGGCCGCCCCUCCCCGCCCCCCGCCGCCUGCGCCGCCUGCUUCCUCGCCUCCACCUCGCUCACCCCCUCCUCCCCGCACUUUCUCCGGCUCUCCCUCCCUCCCUCUCGGCUCUCACCGCCGGACUCCGCGCUCUUCUCGCUGGCCGCCGCGGGAGUCGCCGGCCGCCACCGCCCAGCCUGUACCUGCCGCCCCCCCCAGGGCUUGGGCACCUGUUGGAGGCACAGACACAGCCCAGGGUGCUGCAUGAGGGGCCGCAGGGGCGACCGCAUGACCAUCAACAUCCAGGAGCACAUGGCCAUCAACGUGUGCCCUGGGCCCAUCCGGCCCAUCCGGCAGAUCUCUGACUACUUCCCCCGCCCGGGACCAGGACCCGAAGGCGGGGGCAGGGAUUUCAGGGCGGCCCCUGCCCGCCUGGCACCCCUGGCCCUGGCCCCCCCUGCAGCCCUCCUUGGGGCCACCACGCCCGAGGACGGAGCGGAGGUGGACAGCUACGACUCAGAUGAUACCACCGCCCUGGGCAUGCUGGAGUUUGACCUUCUCUACGACCAGGCCUCCUGCACUCUGCACUGCAGUAUCCUCAGGGCCAAGGGCCUCAAGCCCAUGGAUUUCAAUGGCCUGGCUGACCCCUAUGUCAAGCUGCACCUGCUGCCUGGGGCCUGCAAGGCCAAUAAGCUAAAAACUAAGACUCAGAGGAACACGCUGAAUCCCGUGUGGAAUGAGGAUCUGACGUACAGUGGGAUCACGGAUGAUGACAUCACCCACAAGGUGCUCAGGAUCUCCGUCUGUGACGAGGACAAGCUGAGCCACAAUGAAUUCAUCGGGGAGAUCCGAGUACCCCUCCGCCGCCUCAAGCCUUCACAGAAGAAACAUUUUAACAUCUGCCUUGAGCGCCAGGUCCCGCUGGCUUCACCCUCCUCCAUGUCAGCGGCACUGAGGGGCAUCUCCUGUUACCUGAAGGAGCUGGAGCAGGCCGAGCAGGGGCCUGGGCUGCUGGAAGAGCGCGGGCGCAUCCUGCUGAGUCUCAGCUACAGCUCUCGGCGCCGGGGGCUGCUGGUGGGCAUUGUGCGCUGCGCCCACCUGGCUGCCAUGGAUGUCAAUGGCUACUCCGACCCCUACGUCAAGACGUACCUGAGGCCUGACGUGGAUAAGAAAUCCAAGCAUAAAACGUGCGUGAAGAAGAAGACUCUUAAUCCGGAAUUUAAUGAGGACUUCUUCUACGAGAUGGAGCUCUCUGCUCUGGCUACCAAGACUCUGGAAGUCACAGUGUGGGACUACGACAUCGGCAAAUCCAACGACUUCAUCGGUGGCGUGUCCCUGGGACCCGGGGCCCGGGGCGAGGCCCGGAAGCACUGGAGUGACUGUCUGCAGCAGCCGGACGCGGCCCUGGAGCGCUGGCACACCUUGACCAGUGAGCUGCCCCCCGCCGCCGGGGCCCUGCCCUCAGCCUGAGCGGGCGGCAGCUGCCCGGCAUGGGCCCCGCGGGGCCAGGACCCAACCUCCGCACGAGUGUGUUGCACGUUUACACGGGGUGGAUGCCCCGCCCCCCACUACCUGUCUUAUUUUGUGAGUCUCCGUGACCGUGGGUCUGUCCUGUCGUGAGG